AUGUAUGUUGGCGUUGGCUCACCCGGCUGCCGCUGCUCGGCCGCCGCUGCCCGCUCCGGUGCUGCGCCGCCCGCCGCGUCCGCCGGAGCUGCGCCAGUUUGCUCGCCCGCCCGUCCUCGCAGCGCGCUGCCCGACCAUUGCCCGCCACCCGCCGCGAGCGCGACGCCCGCCGCUGCUCGGCCACCGCCCACCGUCGGCCACGAGCGCGACGCCCAACGCGUGUGCGGAUCCGUCGCCCGCCGCGAGCGCGGCCGCCACUCACCCGGCCGCCGCUACUCGGCCGCCGCUGCCCGCCCCGAUGCUGCGCCGCCCGCCGCGCACGCCGGAGCUGCGCCAGUCCGCUCGUCCACCCGUCCUCGCAGCGCGCUGCCCGACCAUCGCCCCGCCACCCGCCGCCCGGCGCGCCUCCCUCCGCGAGCGCGCCUCCCGCCGCAAGCACGGCCGCAGCUCACCCGGCCGCCGCUGCUCGGCCACCGCCCGCCGCCCGGCGCGCCGACAGCCACGAGCGCGAUGCCCGACGCCGGUGCCAGAGCCGCGAGACCGUCGCCGUGCUCCGUCUGUCCGUCGCCGUAG